UUUUUAAUUUUUUGCCCCCAUUACCGAAUAUUUCUUGAUCCGCCUCUAAAAAUGGAGGCUUUAUUUAUAGUCGAGAAAAUGUAACUUCCACCCCACAACAAACUCCUUUAAUAUUAUAUUUAUCCAAUAAAUAAAUAAUUAUUUAGGAUGAAUAGUAAGGGUAUAGUCUAUCCAAAAUGAAUAUUGUAUGCACUUUCAAGAUUCUAUUAUUAUAUUUGAAUUUAAUUAUAAUAAUUAUAACUAUUUAAAUUCAAAUAUAAUAAAACUUAGUAAAAUUUAAAAAAAUAAAUAUAUUGAAUUGAGGAAGCUAAGGUGAUCUGAUGAAGGAGCUGAGAUUAUUAAAUUGAGUGGAAGCGGAUGAAGCUAAGCAGUAAAGCAAUGAAUUAAUUUAAGGAAGACCAGGGUUGAGGUUCAGCCUUUUGGAAGAAUUUAAGGAAGACCAGGCCAGAUCCACAUUUAAUUAAUUAAUUUGUGAUAAAUCCCUAUCCGAUGAAAAGUAAAUUAAAGCAUCCAUAUCCUAAAACAACGCAACACCACAACUAACUAACCCUUAGCUUUAACUAUAAAUACUACCAUUGCCCAUCCAUAAUCAUCAAUCUUAAGGAAUUGAAACACUACAUCAAUAAUAAAACAACAAACAAUAAACAAUGUCGGCGUCCCAGAAGUUGGUUAACGUUGCAGUGUGUCUGGUGUGCGUGUGCAUGUUUGUCCUCACUGUCGACGCUUCGCUUUCUUCGGUUUACAAGUCAUGCUUCGAUCCAUGCAAUUCCGCUUGCAAAGACACAGGAAAAACUGUCAUUGUAUGCGGAAGACAAUGUGAAAGCGAAUGUACCGACAAGGCGUAUAAAGAGGGCAAGCUUAAGGACGAGGGCAAGCAACUUACGGACGAGGAGAAGGAACUUUGGGACUUUAAGAAAAAACAGAUUGAGGACUUUAUGGGCAUGCAUUGUAAGGCUUUUAAGAACAAGCCAUGUGAGGACGACGAUAAGCCAUGUAAGGACGUGGAGCAUUUCUGUAAGGACAUGCAUACACUCCUUAAGGAUGAGAACAAGCAACUUAAGGAUGAUGACAAGCUUCUUAAGGACGACAAUAAGGUAGCUAAGGACGAGGAAAAAUCAACUUAAUUAAGGACGGGGUAAAAAUCUAGAAGAAUAAUAAAACAAUCUAUUAUAUUUAAUGUGAAACAUCAUAGGAUUUCUAUAUUUGAAGUCAAUAUUAUAUUUUGAGAUAGUGGCGGUUUUUCUUGUCACCCCUAUCAUGUAAAGACUAUAUGUCACUUUUGUAAUA